AAUCGACAUCGAUAGCCGAUGCUUGUUUCUAGUGAUGAGUGAGGUAUAGGUUAAGAUUUUGAUGCGUGGUGUUUUACUUGUUGAGAACGUGUUUUUGUGAAAUAUUUGAAUCUGAAGAAGUUCUGAUCAUGACUUUAACAGAGUUGUUGUCAGGGUUAUCCGAUAAUCCAUAUUUUGGGGCUGGUUUCGGUUUGUUUGGGGUGGGAGCAAGUGCCGCGGUACUAAGGAAGGUGCUUCAGGGAGGUAUGAUUUUAUUUCGGCGUCAUUAUAUGAUAACGUUGGAAGUUCCGUGUCGUGAUAAAAGUUACCAGUGGCUGCUCCAGUGGAUAACAGAAAAAGGCGCUAGACAAACCCAGCAUUUAAGUGUGGAAACUAGUUUCGAACAAAAAGAUACAGGUCAGGUUAGAACCAAGUACGAUUUUAUACCCAGUGUUGGAACACACUUAUUCAGAUACCAAGGAAACUGGAUCAGAGUAGAAAGAACAAGAGAGCAACAAACUCUUGACCUGCAUAUGGGCAUACCUUGGGAAACAGUUACACUCACAGCAUUUGGAAAAAAUAAAGGCAUGUUCUUCAGUAUUCUGGAAGACGCUAGGCAGAUGGCUCUCAGACAGCAUGAAGGGAAAACUAUUAUGUACACUGCUAUGGGAGCUGAGUGGCGGCAGUUUGGGCAUCCACGGAAAAAAAGACCGCUGAGUUCUGUAGUUCUAGAUACUGGAAUAGCAGAAAGAAUACUCAACGAUGUGAAAGAUUUCAUUGGAAAUCCAUCAUGGUAUGGAAGCCGAGGAAUUCCUUACCGUAGAGGAUACCUUCUUUAUGGCCCACCCGGCUGUGGGAAAUCCUCAUUCAUUACAGCACUUGCUGGUGAGUUGGAGCACAGCAUCUGUGUACUUAACCUAAGUGAUAGAGGACUCACUGAUGACAGACUCAACCAUUUAUUGAGCCUUGCUCCUCAGCAGAGUAUAAUAUUACUGGAGGAUGUGGAUGCAGCAUUUGUCAGCCGUGAAGAAUCUUCACAAGUAAAAACAGCAUUUGAAGGCCUAAAUCGUGUAACAUUUAGUGGGCUUCUUAACUGCUUGGAUGGGGUUGCUUCAACAGAAGCUCGCAUUCUUUUCAUGACGACAAAUUAUCUGGAAAGGUUAGAUCCUGCACUAAUUCGACCUGGGCGUGUGGACCUUAAGGAAUACAUUGGAUACUGCAGUUAUCAGCAGGUUGAACAAAUGUUUAGGAGAUUCUAUUCUGAUCAGGCUGUUGGUGAAAGAGCUGCACAGUUUGCAGAUGCAGUGAUGAAGACCAAGAAACCAGUGAGCCCUGCACAGAUACAGGGAUAUUUCAUGUUUUAUAAACAGAGUCCCGAAGCUGCUAUGAAAAAUGUUGAACAGAUCUGGACCUUAGGCUAGCAGUGUCCAUGUAGAAUGAAUUCUGUAAUAUAGUAUCCCAUUUUGUUAAGUCAACUGUAUUGUAAAUAAUAUAAAGUUUUAUUUUUCACUGA